AUGGUUGCUCCGUUUCUGCUGUACGUCGCCUUUCUGGUCUGCGUGAGUAAGGGGCCUUCAGAGAUGUGUUAUAAAUGUAAACAAUAUCAUCUUGGGACGUGCUACGACACCAUGAAGUCCUGCUUCCUGAAGUACCAUCAGUCCUGUGCGGUUGAGAACAUUUAUGUACUUACAAGAAAAGGGCGGAGUAUGUAUUUUUAUUCAAAACUGUCAUGUAUGACCAACUGUAAGGACAUCAACUUCUUAAGUUUUGAUAGGAGAACAGAGCUUAUCUGUUGCAAACAUAAAAACUAUUGCAACCUCCCUGAGGGAGUCUAG